AUGGAUGUGAAUGGAGUUCAUAUUUAUUUUGUUCAUGCAAGUUACCUCCAAGUGACAAGAAGAAGACUUUGGCAGCAGCUUGAGAGUAUUAAUGAUGAAGUUCCGUGGCUAGUAAUUGGUAAUUUCAACUGUAUUCUGCGGAAUGAGGAGAAAAAAGGUGGCUUGGAAACUAGGACUUCAGUCAUCAAUGAAUUUAGUGAUUGGAUGGAAAACAAUAAUUUGUUUGAGGCUGAUUCGUUGGGGUGCAAUUUCACUUGGACAAAUGGACAGUCUGGUCAUCAUAGAAUUAUUAGCAAGUUAGAUCGUGCCAUUAUCAAUCCAGCUUGGCCUCAGCGUGCUCCUUUUCGCAUCCAAAAAAUGUGGUUUCUUCACGCAGAUUUGAUGCGAAUGGUGACUGAAAAUUGGAAUAUGCCAGUUUUUGGUAAUCCCGACUUUAUUUUCCCAUUCAAAUUAAAGAGGCUGAAAAUAGAGAUGAAGGCUUGGAAUUUUCGGGUUGUUGGCAACAUUCAUUCUCGGCUUAAGCAAGACAAACUCAGGUUCGAGAUGACAGCUAGGAUUUCUGAUGAAGAUCCUUCAAAUAUCCCAAAUUUGAAUUCCAUGAAAGAUGCCAUGUCUACUCUUCAUGAUACUAAUUUGCAUUACAUUACUAUGCUUAAGCAGAAAGCUAGGAAUAACUGGUUGGUGGAUGGGGCUAGCAAUACGACCUAUUUUCAUAACUGCAUUCGAACUCGAAGAAGUAGCAACGUUAUUUCUGAAUUGGUUGACAAUGUAGAUAACGUCAUUACUGAUAAUGUUCUUUUACGUGAUCAUGUGGUUAGCUACUAUGAGGAUAAAUUUAAUGGGCCUGAGGAUAUUAUUGAGGACACUUUGUUCGAUUAUAAUCAUGAAAGUAUAUCUCCGGAGGAAAGUCUGGAGAUGGAUGCCAUUCCGGAUGCUGAAGAAAUUAAAAAGGUUGUUUGGGACUUGGGUGCUGAUAGUGCGCCAGGGCCGGAUGGUUUUUCUGGGUGUUUUUAUCAACAAUGCUGGGAUGUUAUUCAAGAAGAUCUUAUUCAAGCUAUUACUUAUUGUUGGACUGUGAAAAAAAUUCCUAAUGGGUCAAAUUCUAGUCUUUUGAUUCUUUUGGCUAAGGUACGUGGAGCUAACUCUCUUCGUAGUUUUAGGCCAAUUGGUUUGAGUAAAUUUUUCUUCAAAAUCUUUACAAAAAUCCUUGCUACUCAUUUGGGUAAGGUCUUGGAUAAAUUAGUCUCGGAGGAACAGGUUUCCUUUAUGAAAGGUAGAAACAUCCAUGAAAAUAUUACUUUGGCUUCGGAGAUGAUUAAUGAGCUGCACAUUAAGAGAAAAGAUGGCAAUAUCGGUUUGAAGCUUGAUAUAUCUCAGGAUUUUGACACGAAAAGCAAAGUUUAUUAUAGUGUUGGUUCGCUGAACAAGUGUAGAUACCUUACUGAUUUCUUGGGUAUGUCUUUUGCUAUAUUCCCGGAUCGUUAUCUUGGAGUUCAAGUCAUGCCAGGCACGGUUAGAUAUAGACAUAUUAGUAAUAUCAUUGACAAGAUAAAAAAUCAGUUGGCUGGUUGGAAAGGUCGUUUGCUCUCUUUUCAAGAUAGAAUUGUGCUUGUAAAAUCUGUCGUUGCUGGCUACUCUAUCCAUAAUAUGGCAGUUUAUAAGUGGCCUCGAAAAUUUGUUUUACAAUGUGAAAGAGCCAUUAGAAAUUUCAUUUGGACUGGUGAUGCUAAUACAAGAAGAUCCUUUGUGGUUGGCUACGAUAAGGUUUGUACAUCUUAUGAAGAAGGUGGUAUUGGUCUUACUAGUAUGACAAUGAUGAAUAAAUCUUUAAUCAUGAAGCUUUGGUGGCAGAUCAAUACUUCUAAAAAGAAAUGGGCUAAAUAUCUCAUUGCCAAGUUCUUUGGCAGAAAUGGAGCUUUGAAACGUACUGGUAUUAAGUCCACAAUUUUACCGGGCAUUCGUUGGGUUUAUGAUCAGGUAGAGGAAAAUACCAAAGCCUUAAUUGGUGAUGGUCGCUCCACUUCCUUGUAUUUUGACAUUUGGUAUGCAUAUGAGAGUAUUGCAAAUAUUCUUCAAAACCAAGAACUGGACAAGAAUGUGCGAGUUAGUGAGCUGCUGGUUGAUGGGACUUGGUAA